UCCUCUCUCUCCCCCUUUCAGAUGCAGAUGCGUUUCGAUGGGAAGAUCGGAUUCCCGGGCGGGUUUGUGGAUAUCCGAGACCACUCCCUGGAGGACGGACUGAACCGGGAGUUGGCGGAGGAGCUGGGCUGCGAUCAGAAACUGCUGUGCGUUACCGAGAGCGACUACAGGAGCUCACACGCGACGGACGCCAUGCCGCAGAAAGUGGUCGCUCACUUCUACAUCAAACAGCUGUCUCUGGCCGACCUGCACAGGAUCGAGGUGGCUGCUGUACAUGCCAAGGAUCACGGUCGGAGUUGUGAUGACGAACCUGUGUCUAUCUACCUCUGCCUUUGCACUACCCUCACUGGAACAGACGCACUGCUACCUGUUGCUCUCCCUCCCAGGCCUCUCACCUGUCUUGUUUUCCUGUGUGCUCACCAGGUCAUGGGGACUAUCCGUGUGCCCCUGUACACUCUCCGAGAUGGCUUCGGGGGCCUCCCGGCCUUCCUGACCAACACCUUCAUCGGCAACGCCAAGGAGCAGCUAAUCUACGCCCUGCGGACCCUCAAACUACUGAGCGAAGAGGCCAUCCAGACCGCGAUCAGCGCCGGGCAGGAAGGCUGACAGUCACAGGCAGGCGUGUAAAGCGGUCAGUGCCAGAGAGAUAGAUGUUGACUGACACACUCGCGUGUGUGCGUGUGUAUAGCCUCCCUGUGUAUACAGUCAGACAGUGUGACUGCAUGCAAUAGAAACUGGAGUCGUGAAAGCAUUGUGUUUAAGGCGACUAAACCUGUUUGCAUGUGUAAGCUGUCAGUCAGGCUUGUGGUACAGUGUCUCCCACCCUUGAUACCUAACACACAGAGUGCCACGUGGGUAUGUGAGCUUCAGUGCAGGCUGUUCAGCUGUGCCUCUACCUCUCCCAGUCAGUGCAAGGUUACCUUACCUUUACCUCCGUGGGUGAUGUGGUAAUGUGCUCUCAAAGUGCUGUACGCAUGUGGUGUUUUUUAAAUACUUUACGGGAUCUCGCAGCGAGAUCGCGGAGUACGGCUUUGCUGUGCCUCCUGCUUGUCCCUCGUACCCUCUUCCGCUCCACCGUCGGCUGCCCUGCUUUCAGCCACUACUCCCCGAAAGUCUGUCACUCCCUCUUCA